ACCGCCUUGUUCCUCCGCCCUCCUGGUUGAUGAAGCCGCUGACCGUCCCGCAAACUGAGGACUUCUUAUUAGUGUGGAGGCGCUGGAGUAUGGCGGAGGGACGCGGUCCACCUGGUCUUCUGCUGCAUCUUCAGACUCUGUUCUGUAUUUUCUAGUUCCAUCCAGACUAGGAACCUCUAGUUAUUUUCCCACUCAGCCGACAAACAAACGCGCGGAACCAAGCGGCGGGGCUGGAGCCUGAAGAUGAACCGCAGCGCAACAGGGGCCCAGGAGCCGCAGGACGGAGCGCCGUGCCCGCCGCUGCCCGCGGAUCACGUGCUCUCCUCCGGAGCGGUUCUUUUCCCCGGUGUUUUUGAUCAGCAUGGCUGCCCUCUCUUCAUGUUCCCGGCAGACGGUCAGGCCAGACUGCAGGAGCUCAGCGCAGCAGAAGUUGUGGAUUUCAUCACCUAUUUCCGGUGUCUGCAUAAUAAGAAGCAGGAGAAGCGGAGCUCGCCGUCGGUGGUCGCAGACCUGAGACACGCCUCGCUGCCCGCUGCCAGGUUCAUUGCAGAGACUCUGCUGCAGCUGGAGCUGUCCAAGCAAAAGCUUCACAGCGUUUACAUAAUUCAGCCCACAAAGAAGGAGGUGCAGAAGCUGUUUCUGAAACUCCUGACUCCAUCCAAGUCCCAGUCUCCGUCUUUUAAGAAAAUCCUCCUGAAAGAAAUCCAGGAACUCUCCAACUACAUCGAUCGCAGCCAGCUGCCGGUGUCGCUGGGCGGGUAUUUGAGAUACAGUCACCAGAGCUGGGUCAGCUUCAUCAAGGAGAUUGACUCAUUUGUCCAGGAGUUCCUGUCUGUGGUGCAGCGUCUGCCCUCGUGCAUCUCCUCCCUGCAGGCUAUGUCCAGGCUGCAGCCCCCCUCCACCCUCAAGGAUCUCCAGCACUUCUGCUACACCAACGAAGCAAAGUUCCUGCAGCUCAGGAGGGAGUUGGGUCUGGACGAGCUGCUGAGGCACUGUGAGGCUGUGGUGGAGAAGCUGCACUUCCCUGACUUGGACCCAUGCUACCAAGACAUGGUGGGCACCACCCUCUUCACCCAAACCGCCUUCGACAUGCUUCAGAACCACAGCAGAAUCACUGCUGCUGUGGAGAAGGUGGAGCUGCUGUGGCAGCAGGCCUUUUCUAAGGCCCAUCUACAGCUUCAGGUGGUUCAGCUGCGCAGUGAUGCUCUACAGAUCACUGAGAAGAUUGAAAGCCUUCAAGAGAAGCUCCAGUUUUACAAAAAGGAGAUUGCCAAUGACGGUGUGAAAGCUGAAAGGUUGCUGUCUGAGUUUAAAGACUCCGUUCACACUCCUGCUGUGGCUCUGGUCCGGUGCGCUGAAGACUUGAUCCACACAUUGGCGGAGGUUCUGCCUUUAGAGGCUCGGAGCCGGGAGGGCUGGGUUCUGGACCUGGAGAGGCUGAAGGACAAUCUCCACUCAUCCGUGCAUUACACCCAUCAGACCCUCAAAGCCGUUCACAGCUACCACCGCCACCACAGCAAGGUCAGCAGCUGGUACCAUCUGGUCCUCUGUGAGAACUUCCUUCAGGAGCUGCUGUCUGGAGUCUAUAAAGAUCCAGCUUCUUCUCAGAGGGCUUCCACUCCUGGGUGGCGGCAGAGGCUGGCGCGUUUCCUGAAGAAGAAUCCGCCUCCAGACAUGGAAGAGCUGACUUAUCUGGCUCAUCUGUCCGAUGGCAUCCCAGACCAGGAGAUCCAACGGGCAGGAAGGCAGAUUUCUCAGCGGUGCAUGACCCUCAGGAAGCUCCUGAUUUCCUCUCAGCCGGUGUCGGUGGAGCAGCUUCAGCUGGCCUUGCAGUGGCAGUACGAUCUGCUGCGGAACAGUCGGGUUGACCAGUCCUCCAGCGAUCUCCACAAUGACACCAUGGAGGAUCUGCAGCACAGCUCUUCAGAGCCAGAGCUCAUGGGAAGUGGGGAUGUGCCACCGUCCGAGAGCAAACUCCCUUCUCUCGGCUCCUUCGACUCUGGUUUUGGGCAGCUGGAGGCGCAUGUGGGGAGGGGGGGCAUGGAUGACAUUGGGGACCCCAUGAGCCCAGGCCCGAGGCAGCCUCAGAUCCAGGAGGAGAUGGUCUGCAGUGUGUCGGACUGUGGCCCAAAGGAGUCCGACUUUGGUUCUGUGGGAAACUCCUCGAGGGCGAGCGUGCAGGCCCCCCCCAAAGGGCAGGUGAAUUCCAUGAACUUAGAGAUCAAAGAAAACUGCUCUGCUGCCUCCACCACUAACAGGUGGUUGAGCCCACCUGCAGAUGAUGGAGAGAACUCUUACACCGUCACCAUCACGCCAAGCCCAACGCCCCAAAGGAGAGGCUCCCAUGAUGCAUCAGACCUCAAUGCUGCUUCCACACCAUCUCGACAUCAGCCCUCACAGACAGAGUCCCAGAGCAGCUUGGAGGAUCCAAAACUCAGUCUCUUUGAGAACCUUCUGUCCGGCACAAUCACUGAAGGAGACAAGCGCUCCACAGAGGAGGCCCCCACCCUGCUGCGGGACAUCCAUGACCUCCACAGGCAGAAGCCAGAUGCUGCCAGCAGCAUGAUGGAGGUCUCUCCGGACUGGGAUUUGAAGGAGCAGGAGGAUCUCCAGGAGGUGGAGAAAAUGCUGGAGGAGACCAAUAAAAUCCUGGAGGAGGAGGAAAAUGUUUUGGCUCAAGAAGCUGUUCUGGAUUCUCUGCUGGAGAGGGAGAGGGCUGUGUGGCCACUGCUGGACAGAGAAGACCAGCUCUCUGAGAUCUCCUCCUCCGAGCAACAUGAAGACUCUGACAGUUCUCCUGAGCCUGAAUCAGAAGAGUCAGGAGAAGAAAGCUCAGAGGCUGAAGCUGCAGAAGAGACCAACGAGCCGAUUAUGGAGGAGGACACGAAGAUCCACUGUGAAGAAGGCCUCAACCAUCAUCCCUCAGAACCUUCAGUCCCUGAUCAAAACUGUGCUGCUAGAAAGAGGGAGGCGUUUCGCUUACAGCUGGAAAAGGAGAGAGAAGAGGUGGAGAGGCUGGAGGAGAGUUUGGACAAAGAACAAGGAGUCUGUGAAGAAGCUGCUGAUGUUCUGGCAGGUUCUACUCCUCAGGAUGAGGUCGAGAACUUGUGUUUAGAUCUAAAGGAUUUUCAGGACCCAAAUUCUCAAACAACAGGCCUCACUGAGCCCAAAGAAGACUCUCCGUAUCAGAACCCUGGGGGUUCUGAAGCCGAUCCAUCAGUCGGCGGUGGACCAGAUGAUGGAGCGUUUGAUCCUGGUGGACGUCCCACCAGCGCUGCAGCAGAACAGGAAACCCCUGAAGUGUUGGAUCCAGCCGCAUGCUCAGCAGCUGAGGAAGCCGGCCCUUCGGAGAGUAGAGAUGGAGGUCCAGACGUCAGCGAUGAGCUUCUUGUCCCGAAAGAAUAUCCUAAUAAAAACAACAAUAACAACUUGAUCUUGGAGAACAGUGGACCUUCGGAGAACUCCCCCCAAACUAUGUGUCAAGAUGAAGAUGACCCAUCAGGGAGACCUGCCCGUUUGCUUCAUGUGGAGCAGCGGCCCGUGGAGAAGGUCCAGUCGACUCCAGAACCACGUCCAGCACAGCUGCUGGAGGGUGUUCCGGGUGGAAGACGUGAGCAGACGGAAGCGUCCGGACUUCAGAGCUCAGAGAGAAUGAGGACGUCUUCUUGUGGGUCAGAAGAGAUGCAGGUCCAGCAUCUCCAUAGCAACAUGGCAAAUUUCGAAACUCCCAUCGUUCUGGAUACUGGAUCUGGUUUGAUGAAAGCUGGAUUUGCUGAUCAAGAUCUCCCAAGUGUCACAUUCUCAACGAUAAUUGGAAUUCCAAAAUACGAGGAAGUCAUGAAUGGUAACCUUCAGAGAGAGACCUACAUCGGUCAGGAAGCUCAGAACAUGAGGGGGGUUCUGGCUCUGAAACGCCCCAUUCAAAACGGGACCAUUCAAAACUGGGACGACAUGGAAAAGAUCUGGGCUCACACCUUCCUGGAGCUGCGGGUGGAUCCUGAGAAUCACCCCGUUCUGCUGACGGAGGCGGCCAUGAACCCUCUGGAGAACCGGCAGCGCAUGGUGCAGAUCAUGUUCGAGGUCUUCAGCGUUCCCUUCACUUACGUGGCCCUGCAGGCGGUUCUGGGGCUCUAUGCAGCAGGGAGAACCACUGGUGUGGUGUUUGACUCUGGACAUGGAGUGAGCCACAGUGUUCCCGUGUUCGAGGGCUACUGUCUGCCUCAUGCAGUGCAGCGCUUCCCGCUGGCUGGUCUGGAUGUUACCAUGCACCUGAAAAAGCUCCUGCAGGAGAAGGGCGUGUGCAUGCACACCUCAGCAGAGGAGGAGAUCGUCAGGGAGAUGAAGGAGAAGUGCUGUUGUGUGGCUCUCAACUAUGAAGCUGAGCUGAGUGGGAGGGACCAGACCUGCAAGGAAAUGAAGUUCACCCUGCCGGAUGGGCGGGAGGUCACUGUCGGCUCAGAGCGGUUCAGAGCCCCUGAGAUCCUCUUCAAACCUGAACUGAUUGGACGGGAUCAUUAUGGGAUGCACGAGAGCAUCUUCAAGUCAAUCAUGAGGUCAGACAUCGACUUGCGGCGGAGCUUCCUGGAAAACAUCGUCCUGUCAGGUGGGAACACUCUCCUACCGGGCCUCCCUGAGCGGCUGCAGGCUGAGGUCAGAGGCCUGGUGCCCUCAGACAUGGCGGUGAACGUUCGGGUCACUAGCCCCAAAGCCAGAGACUUCCUGGUGUGGAGCGGAGGAGCGGUGCUGGCCAACUCGCCGUCCUUCAGCUCCGCAUGGAUCAGUCAGGAGGAAUAUGAGGAGUACGGACCACAGAUCGUCUUCAGGAAGUGCUUCUGAGGCAGAGGGUUUGGGGGUUUUUGGAUCAAAGUGCAAUAUUUGGAGCUCCUGCAGGGGGCGUGAGCUGCCUCUUUUAAAACAUUCUGUGUCUCCUGUGGAGACUAUUCUCCUCUGGUCUUGUGUGGAUCUUGAUGCCGGCGGGUUUUCAGGUCUAAGACUCAACACCCAAAGAUUCAAACCAGGAGAAAUGUGCUUGUCAAUGUUGUUUGUUCUUAUUUCCUGAUUUUUGGAGAUGGCUUUGUGUUUCUCUAAAACUUUCAUUUAUAGAUGUUAAUGAACAAGGAUUGAAGCUGGCCUUUGAUUGAGGUUUGCCAAGUACUUUUGGUUUUUUUUUGGGGUGGGGGGGUGGUUGAAGAAAACUAAUAAUUUCAGCUGCUUUUUGUACAAUUGUUUAAAGCUAAAUGAAUUGUGAGAUGUGGUGAAAAAUCACGGAAUAUUUUUUGUCUGGAAAAAAAAUCUCUUUAACUCUUAAAGACCAAUUUAUUAUUAUUUUUUUUUAAGUGUUUGUUCUGAACUCUGAAGUGUGUCUGGACACAGAAUUAAUUCUGAGUAUAAGCUGAAUGUUCAUAAAAGACUUUUCCGGAAGGUGAAGACUCGGGAAUUCAUCUCCUCUGGUUUCCAUGGAUCAGUUGGGUUUGUGAAAUCGAUGCGGAGGGGUUCCUGUUCCCUCAUGGGCAUCUUUGAACUUUUGUUGAAUUAUCAGUUUGUACUUCAAGCAUGUUUUACUGCAUGUUUGUGUCAUGAACUGCCUCAUGGGGGCGCCGUUUGCCCAGCAGCUCAGCUCCUGAAAACCACUGUAGUGUUGGUGCAGAAACUGAGCUUCCGUCUCCUUUUGGUUUCCUGGUGAACUUGAAGAAAAUGGUUAUUUUUCUGGAGAUCAACAGAGUUCAGCAUUUUGGCUCUCAAACCCUACAAUCUUUUUUUUUUUUUAAAUAAAUUUUUUAAUGAUUCUCUAGUUGUCUUCUGUUUUUUUUCCGUCCUCCACUUUCAUUUUUCUGUCCAGCUUUUUAAAGAAAUCUGGCUCAAUUUAUAUAAAAUAUCUGACUUUUUGUCCUUAAGAUCUAAGGACCUUCUCUACAGAGGAUAUCUUUGAAUAAAAAAGCUCACUUUAUCAGUCUAACAUUUAACUUAUGUUUUCUUGUAUAUUUUUUUUUAUUUUGUGCAUUGAUUCUUGAUUUAUAUAUUCCAAAUAGUUUAAAUCCUUUGUUUAUGGUUCUAUCUCAAUUAUGAUGGUAUUUUUGAAUAAUCACAAUUAUUUUUAUAAUUCUUUUAUAAUUAGCUGUUGUUUUUUGAAUGUUUUCAUUAAUUCAUUCUUUAAAUUAUUUCCUCCUACAGUUGUUUUACUGCUUUUUAAGUAAUGCGUGUGAUUUUUGAAGGAAGGUAAAUUUGUGAAGCAAAAUUGUCGGAGAAGUUUGAAUUAAAUAGAAGCUGAUUCACAGUU